UAGAAAAUUGAAAUAAAGGGAAAUCAACACAGAGGUUUAGAUUCUUUACGUAUGAAUUCUAAUUCGAAAUAUAAAAAAAGAAAAAAGAGAAAGAAAAAAAACGGAUUGCAAGUGUAAGACGUAUGUGUUUAAUUUUGGGUAACGUCCAUCGCAAUUCUGUUUAUAAAUUUGAAUGUACAGAACGAAACUUAACCUUAAAAUAUGUCGACGCAAAAUUCAAUAAACGAGGAGUACAAUGAAGAAUAUUUCGAGAAUUCUGAAGGAUUCAGUUCCUAUAACCUAUUAAAAGUUGAAUACGAAAAAUGCAAACAAGAGAUUUAUGAUUUAAAACGAAAACUUCAAUUAAACGAAACAAUGCUACGGGAGGUUCAAGAGACAAAUGAAUUGCUUGAACGUUCUCUUGAUCGACGAAUUUCCGAGAAAGAACAAAUUGUUUCUGAAGUCGAAGAAAAGCACCGCAUACUUGCAAAAGGAUAUGAGAACACAAUUACAAAUCUAGAAACAAAAUUAGCCAAACAGACAGAAGAAAAUGAGGAAUUACGACAACGUAUUAAUUGUAAUGUAAAGACUGAAUGCAUCUCUACCAUAGAUCAAUCUGUAAAUCUCUCCUUCGAGAUGGAUAAUAUCUCCUUAAGAAGUCGUAUCGAUGAACUUUUAUCAGUUCUGCGAGAAGAGAGAGAGAAACACGAACGUGCGGAAGAACUGAUCAAGAAAUUAAAAACUCGAUGCAACGACUAUGAAUAUUAUAUUCGAGGUAUCAAAGAACAAUUAGAUGAAAAAAAUCAAAUUUUAGAAGAAGUUCGGGCAGAACUUAGUCUGAGACGCACAGAAAUUACAUCAUUACAAAUGGAUCCUACGUGUGUAUCGCGCAAAGGCAAUUCAAUUUUUGGUGAAGUGGAAGAUCGCCGACGAAAUGUGGUGAAUAAAAUGAAUCUAUUACGCGAGAAAUAUACAGAAAUAAAACGCAUAUGUAAAACGCAAAUUACAGAGAUCAAAAUGUUGCGAGCGGAACGUGUUGCAACACUUACAAAGCUAGAGAAUGAUACAGAUCAUACAUUGGCAGAAAAUGAGGACUUAAUUCAAAAAUAUAAGAGUAGAAUAUCAGAUCUUGAAACCAAAUUGAAAUCUGAGAUCAAAAAGAAUGAUGAUUCAAAACACUUGAAUGAUACUAACACCUCUUUUAGGUACUUUCAAUCUCUGUUAGAUGACAAGAAAAAGGAAGCAGAUGAACUGCGUAUAAAAGUUGAAGAUCUUUAUACAAAACUUUUGGUACAGGAAGAAACAAAGAUGAAUAUUACCAAGCAACUACGCUAUUGGCGUUGCAAAGCUUCCUCUCUGGAGGCUCAAAUAUGUGCUCUACAAGCAGAAUUAAAAUUAGAUCUUAUGAAUGAUGCAGAACAUGAAAUUUUAAAAGAACUUGAGGAUUUUACACACGAGCAUAAUGAUGAUACAGCAAACAAUGAAAAACAUUCUAUUUAUAAACAAAGACCAGACAAUCCUGCUCAAUCGCUUUCAUUAAAUUGUUCUAGUAAAACUUCUUUAAUUAAGUAUCCAGAUAAUAAUAAAACUCAGGAACAAUUAAUAGAUAAAGAGAAGUCUAAUCAGAGUGGUACUGUACAAUUUACAAAUGUUACACCUCAAAGAUCAUGCAAAUUUGAACAUAAUCAAAAUACUAAUAAUAAUCAAAAUAAAUUUUCUAACAAAAUUCUGCAUACUACAGAUAGUACAAAUAUUGAAAACAAUGAAAGUUCACCAAGCAUUACAGGUUAUAAGUAUCCAGUUGUUUAUAUACCAACUAAUCUCAAUGAUUAA